CCCAGGAUGCCUCACGGGAACUUCUUGUGCUCAGCCUGGCUUUAGGCCUGGGCAGAGACGGUGAACCUUAGAGCAGACGGCGGACAGGCGUUCACUGCCCUUUGCCACUGUCUUUUUUGUCGCUACCACAAGGAGUCACCAACGUCAGUGGUUUUAACGGCUUUUGUCAGGUUUCAAAUCCACCCCGAUUUGACCUCGCAUCGUCCAGCGAUUUGACGAAAGUAAUUAUACUGACCAUCGCACAAGUUCCUCGCCAAGUCGGACUCGUAAAAAAAAAAUAAAAAUAAAAAAAAGAGUCCAAGGGGGCCGGGAAAACCCCUCAGGGGGACGAAUGUCUGCGGAGUGAGUCGUCGCACCAAUAGACGACCUUCGGCGCUAGCUAAAGGGCUACGGCUAGCGAGCGACAGGCGGAGACCGGGCAGCGCCGUUCCUCGCUUCGGUAUGAUGCCCGGCGACAGCACCAUGACCUCCAUCGUUCAGAGGAUAGCUCGGCAGGCUCUCGUCACCUUCAGGAGCCCGCCCCGGGUCGGCGAGGACGCCGGUAAAGCCUUCCUGGAGAACCUGGGCAAACUGAGGAGCCUGAUGACGGAAGUGCGAGCGGCGGACCUGAAGCUCGUCCCGCGCAGAGCCGACAGCAGCUCGCCCGUCGUGCCCUCUCCGCUGCCGUACCACCACGGCGCGCCCCCGGUCACCUACAUGCACAUCUGCGAGACGGACCAGUUCAGCAUGGGCGUGUUUCUGCUGAAGAGCGGCGCCUCCAUCCCGCUGCACGACCACCCGGGGAUGCACGGCGUGCUCAAAGUCAUGUACGGCAAGGUCAGGAUCAGCUGCUUCGACAGGCUGGAGCGGCCGGCCGGCGGCACGCAGGCGGCGCCCCCGCUCCCCGCGGCCCAGGCGGCCGCGCUGCGGCGCUCCGUGCUCCGCUCCACCGGCGAGUACACGGAGGAGAGCGGCCCGUGCGUCCUGUCGCCCGACCAGGACAACCUGCACCAGAUCGAAGCCGUGGACGGCCCGACGGCGUUCAUGGACAUCCUGGCCCCGCCGUACGACCCGGACGACGGCAGAGACUGUCACUAUUACAGGGUUCUGAAAGACGCGGAGGUGAAACACGCGGAGCCGAAGGAGCAGAAGGAGAAGGAGGUCUGGCUCAUGGAGAUCUCGCAGCCUCCGGAUUUCUGGUGCGGAGGGGAGCCGUACCCGGGGCCGGAGGUCUGCCUGUGAUCCCGCGGGCGGACCGACCGACCCGCGGUCGCAAACGCGUCCUAUUUUCUCGGGCUGCUCGGGUUCGCGGACCCUGUGGUGGCACAAGGUCGGGGCUUCUGGACAUGGUUGGACAAACUGGGCUACAUGAAGGGUCGCUCUAAAUCCUGAAUCCAGCAUGUGGAGCCAUGUUCAGGCUAGAGGCAAAUUGGAGGGUCAACCCCGGGGCUUUAUUCCUGACCCUGAAUGUGACUUUGCAGAAAAGGUGUCCCUUCAGAGAAACGACACGGCACAGCAUCGGGUGCCGCAAAGGUCGAGUUUCCAUUUCCAUUUGAGCAAAAUCACUGGAGCCCCGGGCCAACGCUUCUUUGUAUCUGUAGUAAGGAUAUCAUUGUCAGGAAAGCAGAUUCCCGAGUCCUCCUCCCUCAUUGUCCUGCUCCUCACACGCUUCCCGGCUCUCUGUAUCGUGGAGAUACUAUUUGAGAGGUUCCGGAUGUUAGCUUUACCCCGAGAAAGUCAAUUAAAUCACGUUUUCCUGA